GAUCGCAACUGGCAAAUCUGCCUUCACUCUUCCAUACACCUACACAAUGGCUUCGAGAUCCUCGCUGUUUCGUCUGGCUCGCGUGGGGUACCGGUGCUCAGCAUGUCGUAUCCGUGCCCGCAGAGGGUAUGCCAGCACGGCUACGAAGGACGCGGUCAAUAUCAUUGAAGUCGGCCCACGGGACGGACUGCAGAACGAGAAGAAGACGAUCCCGUUAGACACUAAGCUGGAGCUCAUACACCGACUGGCGGAAACGGGGCUUCGAACGAUUGAAGCUGGCUCUUUUGUGUCUCCAAAGUGGACUCCGCAGAUGGCGAACUCCUCAGAGAUCUUGGAGAGCAUAUUGACGAAACCUCCCCAAGCACCUGACCCCAUCGUGUAUCAGUUCUUGGUACCUAACAAGAAAGGCGUGGACAAUUUUCUCUCCGUGUUCAACAAGCAGCAACAAGCGUCGACUGAACCGCUCACGCCACCGCCUUCGCCACCGUCCAACCGCCCUGAAGUCGAGCUCUCCAUCUUCACGGCCGCCACGGAGACGUUCACGCAGAAAAAUACGAACUGCAGCAUAGCAGAGUCACUCGAGCGGUUCAAGCCAGUGUUUGAAUCGGGCAGGCAAAACAAGAUUAAGGUUCGCGCGUACAUCUCGGUUGCGCUGGGCUGCCCGUACGAAGGACCAAACGUCGACCCGCACAAGGUUGCCGAACUGGCCGUCACGCUGCUGGAGAUGGGGGCCGACGAGAUCAGCGUGGCCGACACGACGGGAAUGGGGACCGCGCCUCGCACGCGCGAGCUGCUGAAGACGCUGGCGGCCGCAGGCGUGGACACGAACGACAUCGCGCUCCACUUUCACGACACGUACGGACAGGCGCUCGUCAACACGAUGGUGGGGUUGGAGGCAGGCGUUCGGACGUUUGAUUCUGCCGUGGGUGGCCUGGGUGGGUGUCCGUACAGCCCCGGAGCAACGGGCAACGUCGCGACCGAAGAUCUAGUCUACCUUUUCGAAACUCUGGGGCUGCGAACGGGCGUGGACCUGGUCAGGCUUGCAGAGGUGGGCGAGUGGAUCUCAAAGGAGGUUUCACGAUCAAAUGAGAGCCGGGCGGGUAAGGCAUCACUGGCUCGCAUGAGAAGGCUGGCAAACGCAGCGUAGCACGUUGCGUCGGUGCCUGUCGUGCAUGCAAUGGCAUGGCCAUGGGGUCAUACGAAAUACGAAGUAAUCGUGCGUAUGCAUUUGAAUGUACGUGUGUCUGAGGGAAGGAGGG